AUGAACUUGAAAUCACUCGCCCUACUCGUCACUGCCGCUGUAGUCCCUCAUGCUGUAGUUGCGGGUCCACUUGCCUCAGAUUAUGGUAUUUGUCAGACAGGGUGCAAUGGCGUGGCCGUUGCUUGCUACACCAGAGCCGGCUUCACAUUUGGGGUAGCACUCCCUACGGUGCCUCCUGCGUUGGCUGAGUGCAAUUUGGCGCUGGGUAGAUGUAUGGCGGAUUGUGCCGCGGUCACCGCUCCCUGA